UGCAGGAUUGGUGGUGUUUGUAGUGUUUUGGGUGGUGUGUGUUUUAGGAGUUUGUCUUCUCUCAUUUAUAUUUCAAAAAAAAUGGGAUGGGAGUGGAAGAGACUGUACUUAUUUUCCAUUGGUUUGAUCCUCUUGGGGAAUACAGAUGGAUUUAGUGUUCAGCCUAAACCAUCUACCAGUGACUGGCAACCUGUAGGUUCUGUUGUCUCAAAGAACCAACCUCGUCCUCCUCCCCAAAACCACUUUAACUUUGACACAGCUAGAACCCAACCUUCUGAGCUGCCCUCCACAAAUACUGCAAGUGGUAAAUCUGGGUGGGCAGAAUUUGACCCUAAAAUCCACAUGUCCACCUCUAAGUCCCAAAUUGCUCAGCAUGGUGCUGUUUCAGUUCAGACUUCUGGUGCUGGUAAACCUGUACUAAAUGUCCAGAACCAAUAUGGUCAGCCCCUUAUGCGUCAGGGAAGCUACAGGACCCCACCGUCAAGGCCAUAUUGGUAUGCUUCAAAUAAUUGGAAGCCUGUUAACUGUGGACAUCUUGCUUCCCGAUAUCCUGCCAGAAAUCAAGAUGUACCCAGGCCUGUGGCCAAAUCCCAGAGCUCAGAAAAUGAGCUUAUGUCUACCUAUAAUCAGAACAGCUAUGGUGCUCAACUCUCAGGAGCUUCUCGCUGGUAUACUUUGGAGGGACGGCAGACUCCAUCUUCAUACCAAAGCACCCCAAACCAGCCAAACAAGCCCAUGCCUCAAUCAUCUUGGAGUUUAGCAAACCAGUAUUCUGCCACCUCUCUGAAUCAAGGUACCUAUAGAGAUCAGCCCACUGUACCUUCAAGCCAAUAUAGCUCUUCAGGGAGGCUGAGUGUUCCAUCACCACCUAAAUCUCAAAGCAAGCCUAGUGACUAUAUCUUGGGAUCUUUGACCCAGCCAGCAAACCAGCUCAUGACCCUAUCCCAGACUUCAGGUGCAUCUCCUGUUGUCUCUUUGGGUCAGAGCAGAUAUGGGGCUCAAUCCACAGCUGCCUCUGGAUCGUACAAUGUCCAGGCCUCUAGCCAGUAUACCUUUUCCCGGGGGCAGAGCACUCCUUCAUUUUCCCAGUCAAGAGACACCCUGACUCAAGUCCAGUCCCAGCCUUUGUCCAAGCCCAUGAUCCCAACAGAGAGUUUAGGCACUAAGUACAUGUCUUCAAUUCCAACUAGCUCAGGUGCUAAAUGGUAUAGGGUGGAUCCUCUUAGGCUCCAGGUUUUGCAAUUAUCCCACUAGGGGAUGACCAGGCUGCCUCAAGCAACUAUCCUCCUACAACUGAAAGCCAAAGCACCCCAACCAUAUUUGUAUUUCAAAGCCAACGUUAACAUACUUUUUUAAAUGCAGCCUUGACCCAGAGUGGUGUUCAGCCUCCAACUUUA